UAGCAUUAGAUUAAUAUUAAACACAAGACCAUAAGCUAUUUUGUAGGGCCAAUAUUGGUCGAAUCAGUAAUUAAAAUACGAGGCUCCUGUAUAAUAUUUGUUGAAGUUUAGGUGAACUUAAAAACAGUACUAUAAGAUUUAUUAUAGAAAUGAUUCAAAGGAAUUCAUUAGUUUACACUAAUUAAUAAAAUAAUGACAUAAAUUAAAAAGACUAGAUAUCUUAUAGUAAUAGACUGAAAAGGAUAUCUCUCUCUAGUGGAAAACAAGAAGAUGAGACCAUUCUUUUCAUAUGAGCACCACAUUCUCUCUCUCUCUUUAUACACUUGUAUAUAUAAACACGCAAACGACCUCUUCUCAUUAUCAAAUAUCAACUCAUCUUCUCCAACAAAAAUCAUAAAUACCCACAAAGAAAAGAUAAUGACAAAAGUUCAUCCAAAAUUCCAAAACACUUGCGAGGAGAGCUUGUGCGAUAGUAAAGAAGCUGUCGUUUUAACGGUGUGGAAGAAGUCCCUUCUCUUCAACUGUGAUGGCUUCACAGUUUACAACUCCAAUGGAGAACUUGUCUUUAGGGUCGACAACUACAUGAACUGUCCUAAAGAUAACAUCGUCCUUAUGGACGCUUCCGGUCUACCCCUCCUCUCCAUCCGCCGCAAGAAGUUGAGCCUUGGAGAUUGCUGGAUGGUAUACGAUGGAGAAACACAAAGAGAUCCAAUGUUUACGGCAAAGAAAAACGUUAGUAUAAUGACAAACAAGAGGAGCUUGGUGUCAGUUAGCUCGAAGAAGACAGUACUAUACGAGAUAGAAGGAUCAUACAGCCAAAGAAGCUGCAAAAUAUUGGACGAGAGGAGGAACAAGAAAAAAACGGCGGAAAUCAAGAGGAAAGAGGCAAUGGUUGGAGGAGUUUCAUUUGGCAAAGAUGUGUUCAAACUUAUAGUUGAACCGGAGAUGGAGCCUCGUGUGGCCAUGGCAUUGACCAUCAUCCUCGACCAAAUGUAUAGAUAUUGAUUUUCUACAUUUUCAUGCUUUGUACGUGUAUACUAGUUCUCUUUUUGUCAUGUAAUUUAUGUGUGUUUUGUUACUGGUGGAGGCAGACUGGAUAUCGAAAUUUUUGAAGAUAUUCAUAGUCCACUUCACUUCAUCCGAAUCAUAAUCUUUAUGAUUUGUAUUUGUCCUGUUAUCAUUUAAAUACUUGGUGUCUGGAUAUCUGAUAAAAUAUAUAGUA